UUCUUCUUCUAUCAUAUUUUUUAAAAUGUAUACGUUUGUGGUCCGAGAUGAAAACAGCAGCGUCUAUGCUGAAGUCUCCAAACUCCUCCUUUCCACUGGACAAUGGAAGAGGCUGAAAAGAGACAACCCCAGAUUUAACCUCAUGUUGGGGGAGAGAAACAGGCUGCCUUUUGGGAGACUGGGUCAUGAACCUGGUCUUGUACAACUGGUGAACUACUACAGAGGAGCUGAUAAACUUUGUCGCAAAGCUUCCUUAGUGAAACUAAUUAAGACAAGUCCUGAAUUGGCAGAGUCUUGCACCUGGUUCCCAGAAUCCUAUGUGAUUUACCCAACUGAUCUGAAGACUCCAGUAGCUCCGGCACAGAACGGGAUUCAUCAUCUGGUCAACAACACAAGAACGGACGAAAGGGAAGUCUUCCUAGCAUCCUACCAGAAGAGGAAAGAGAGUGGAGAGGGGAACGUGUGGAUAGCCAAAUCUUCGGCAGGUGCCAAAGGUGAAGGGAUUCUAAUUUCUUCAGAGGCUACUGAACUUUUGGACUUUAUAGAUAAUCAAGGACAAGUGCAUGUGAUUCAGAAAUAUCUCGAGAAGCCUAUGCUCUUAGAACCAGGUCAUCGCAAAUUUGAUAUUAGAAGCUGGGUACUAGUGGAUCACCAGUAUAAUAUCUACCUCUACAGAGAAGGCGUUCUACGGACCUCUUCAGAACCUUACAAUAGUGCUAAUUUUCUAGACAAAACCUGCCAUUUGACCAAUCACUGCAUACAGAAGGAAUAUUCUAAAAACUAUGGGAGAUAUGAAGAAGGCAACGAGAUGUUUUUUGAGGAGUUUAAUCAGUAUCUGACAAGUGCUUUGAACAUUACUCUGGAAAAUACAAUCUUAUUACAAGUCAAAAAUAUAAUAAGAAGCUGCCUUAUGUGUAUAGAACCUGCUAUCAGCACCAAACACCUUCACUACCAGAGCUUCCAGCUCUUUGGCUUCGAUUUCAUGGUGGACGAAGACUUGAAGGUCUGGCUAAUCGAAGUCAAUGGCGCCCCUGCGUGUGCUCAGAAACUUUAUGCAGAGCUUUGCCAAGGCAUAGUGGAUGUAGCCAUCUCUAGUGUCUUUCCCCUUAGUGACACCGUGCAAAAGCAGAGCCAGCAAUCAAUAUUUAUUAAGUUGUGAUGAUAAAAAGAAGGAAAAUGAAGCAUCCGUGCACCACACAUGGGAAAAUCUGCCACCGGUUGAUUCUAGGGACGAAGAAGAAAUGUGAAUUGGUCACUUCACCUGCUCAUCAUGCCAAAACAAGGGAUAAAGGCUGGCAUCCAUCUUGGAAUUUCAUAAACGGAGGAAAGUUUAGAGGGGAAGUCCAAGAUGAACCAAAGUUGUCUUGUCAACUCUCUGUGUGUUUGGGGGGAAACGUUGCUUUAGAAACAGUUCCUACAAAUUCCUCUGGGAGUGCAACAUAAUCGGUUUUUUAAUAAUGUAAGGAAAACCAGGGGUGUGAUCAAGUUUUUCUUCACUCUUCCUUCACCCCUCCCCACCCUGACAUAAUAAUAAUUUAUUUUAGCAAAUGGUAGUACCAGGAUGCUUCCAAAGACUUCGUAGCUUGGAGCGUUUGUCGAGUCGAAAUGUGUGAGGUUUUGUUUGUUUUUCCUCUUCGCCUACUGCAGUUCUAGUGCCUUAGCUUUGUUCCCAAUAAUUAACUUAUUUUGUUCUUGCUUUAAUUCUCUAGAGGUUUGUAAAAAGCUGUCCUGUUCUGUGAGGUAUAAACUGUUCCUUGGAAAAAAAGUUUUUUUAUAUAUAUAUAUGUGUGGAUAUGGAUGUUUUUUGAAAGUAUGUUCCUUGUUUUUCAUUGAGCAGUACUAAGCGCAGAAAACUAAUCAGACAAAUGAAAGACUUCUAUUCCCCCUUUUUUCCCCUCUAAUACAAACUGGCACAAUUUAUGCCCUUUUGAGUCAAAACGCAACCCACCAGACACUUGAUAAUCCUCUUGUAUUUUCAGUCCCUGGCAGGCAGCUUAAACCAGAAUAUUUUAUUCAGGUUGAACUUUUGUAUGGACUUACCUGCCCAUUCAUUUCAGUGGGACUGCUAAGUCAGCAUGUAAGCCUGUGAUGGGCUCCCCUACACAGUUAAUGGGCAGUGUUGAACUUAGUUUGCCAUAUGAUAUGCAGUCCGUUCCUCGUGCAAUUUCAAUCCAUUAUUGCUCACAUUCUGGCAUUGCUAAAACCAAUAGCAAAAAGGCAAGGAAACCAUGGCAUAUUUGUCUAGCACUGGGAUUGAAUUGGACAUUUUGUUCAAAACAUUCACAUUAUUUGGACUCGAAAGCCUUGUAUGUAGUUAGCUGUGGAUCUCCUUUCAUGUCUGUGUGUGUAUACUUCCCCUCCUUGUUUUUUAUCAUGUGUCCCUUAGUUUUAUUCACAUUUCUUAAAGAGAGAAUGAUCAUGGAAAGGAACAUUGCCAUCUUCUACUGUCACUUAAAAAACCACAUUCACCCCCUUUGCAUGUCUUUUCACUGUACUAUAAUGUCUCUGAGCUGCUAAAAUAAAACCUCCAAAAGCCA